AUGCAUCUGCAUUUGUUGUCAAUUGAUAAAAGCUAUGUCAACUGCAUAGAGAAAGGACCUCAUGUUCCCGUGAAGGUCUGUACCAGUAUUGGAGCUGAUGGUGAAGGCAUGGUAGGAAAAAUGGUUCCGAAGCCUAUUCAUGAAUAUUCUCAAGAAGACACUAAAGAAGUACACAAAAAUAAAAAGACCAUGAAUCCUCUGUUCAAUGGUCUAGAUCAAGAAAUUAUUGAUAGUGUAAUCAGCUGCACAAGUGCCAAAGAAGUUUGGGACACCAUCAGGACUAUCUGUGAAGGAAAUGAGCAAGUAAGAGAAAACAAGAUGCAGUUGCUGAUUCAACAAUAUGAGUCAUUCCAUUUCAAGGCUGGUGAAAAUCUAAGUGACACAAUAUUUAACAGAUUUCAAAAGCUGUUAAAUGGUCUAAAGCUUUAUGGAAGAAUGUACCAGGUCAAGGAUUCAAAUCUGAAAUUCUUAAGAGCUCUUCCUAAAGAAUGGAAGCCCAUGACAGUCUCUCUAAGGAACACUCAAGAAUUUAAAGAGUAUACUCUUGAGAGGCUGUAUGGAACUUUGGAGACCUAUGAGCUUGAAAUGGAACAAGAUGAAGAGAUAGAAAAGAGUCAAAAGAAAGGAAAUUCAUUUGUGGCUCUAGUUGCAUCUUGUGAGGACUCAUUCAAGGACAAGGGAAAAUCUCAAGCUGAAGAAACUGAGAAGUUGGUCACUUUGAAAAUGAAUGCAGAAAGCCUAAAGUUGAGAAGAGGUCCAAUGAAAUUAUGGAUUACAAGAAAAAAUAUUAUGAGCUUCUCAAGCAAAAAGAAAGGGCAUUCAUUACAAAGGAUGAUUGGGCAGCUGGAGAUGAUUCUAAUGGCCAACUCCACAGAUCAAGAAGAGAGUACUUCAAAUAGCAGUCAGGUAUUUACCACUAACUUAGUUGAGUUAACUAAAGAUGAAUGCAAUGCUACUAUAAAUGAAAUGUCUACAGAAUUAUAUCAUUUGCAUGUGUCUUUAUCUCUCACUAAGGAAAACAGUAGAAUUAAGGAUGCUAACUCAUUUCUUAGUGAUAGAAAUAAUGUAUUAGAAGCUCAAUUUAUUGAGUUUGAGAAACUUAAGAUUGAAUGUCAAACAGAAAAAGAUGAUCUUUUGGCUGAUUUGAAAAGAGAAGAAGUGAUCAUAAAACAGCUUGAUAAGGAACAAGAGAUAAUUUCCAGAUGGAAAUCUGGAAGAGAUGCUUCUGCAAACAUCAUCAACAUUCAAGGCAGAGAAACCUUUGUGGAGAAUUAG